AUGGGCAACCCCGGCUCCGAACGCUGUCGCUGGCGCUCAAAGCACCCUGUUCUGUAUGGUGCCCUCACAGUUUUGGCAAUGAGGGCGACAGAAGUACGCAUUUUGUUCGACACUAAUUGGCUUGGGAAGUACAACCUCGCCAGGCUUCGGAGCGCUGUCGAGGGUUCCCGGCAACUCACUGGGGUUCCGGUCAUCCCGCAGUUCACCCAUUUAUAUCAGCAGGCAGACUGGUCAAUUCUCAACUCUAUCCAGGAUGCCAAGUCUGGAGCUUAUCUUCCCAUUGGAGACCUGAGGUCUGAAGCUGUACCUUCCAUCGAGGACGCAGUAGCUGGGGCUCCUCCUAUCGAAGACGCUGUACAUGACGCCCCGCCUUCAUAUGCGCAUGUGUCGAGCAAGCGCUCGAGAAAUGCUCGCACUAGCUUGACACCCGACUCUCCUGUACCGAAGCGCCUCCUCCAAGAUCCUACAUGCGUGCCCUCGCCAACAGAACGCGCCACUUCCGUAUCGUCACUUAGCUCAAAGUUCAAACCUUCGUCCACCGCCACCGUGCAAGUGGACGUUUUCCUAGACGUCGUCACAUCCGCCGUCCAGAAAGUGCUCCCGGAUUUGCUGCGCGAACAACUUCCCAGCAUUCUGCAAGACCUUCUUCCGGGAAUGCUUACUGACCCCUCACCGUCGCCAUCUUUGUCGCCAACACCACGUUCCAGCCAGGGCGCUAAUGCGCUCACGCAGCACCGUCGAACCCCGAGCCAUAAACCCACGCCUGCGGCAGUAAUCAGAACUGUUAUAAGCACCGCUACCAAGACCCACCUUCAAAGAUUCUUGACUGAUGCCCUCGAUCAAGCCUCCGAGCAAGUCUCUGAACUUCAUAACUCUGCUAGCGUUGAGUUCGAGGAACACCUUGAUGACACCAGGCUUGAUUUCGCCACGCUCAAAGAGGACCACAUCGCCGUCUUCAAUGACGAUUGUAAUGAGAAGUUGGUGGAGUUCAAAGAGCGUCUAGUAGAGAAGAAAGAUGAGGCAGAAGUGGAGGUGAAGGCACACGCUGACGAGGUAGUGGCCAAGGCUUGGGAUAGGUUGAACAUGGUGGAUAAGGGGUGGUGUAGGCGUAAAUGCCUUGCUGGUGCGAAGGACAAGCAGAGCAAGUUGGAACAAGGGCGGAGGGCGAUGUCUCUGCCUCUUUGA